GAUGAGGAAGUGGUGGUGGCUACCACCCGUAUUGAGACGAUGCUGGGAGACACAGCAGUUGCAGUCCAUCCCAAGGACCCCCGAUACCAGCAUCUGCAUGGCCGGAAAGUCCAGCAUCCUUUCACAGGACGCCUCCUGCCUGUUGUCUGCGAUGAUUUUGUAGAUAUGGAAUUUGGAACUGGUGCUGUAAAGAUCACACCAGCUCAUGAUCAGAACGACUAUGAGGUUGGCCUGCGUCACGGACUCGAGUUCCUCAAUAUUAUGAAUGAGAACGGCUAUCUCAUCAACGUUCCGCCACCCUUCUUGGGCAUGAAGCGUUUUGAAGCCCGUCAAGCAGUGCUGGAAGCUUUGAAGGAAAAGAAGCUUUUCAAGGAGGUGAAGGACAACCCCAUGGUGGUCCCGGUGUGCAGUCGCUCCAAGGACGUAGUGGAACCCCUGCUGAAGCCCCAGUGGUACGUGCGCUGCGACACGAUGGCCCAGGCUGCAGCCGAGGCCGUGCGCCGGGGUGACCUGCGCAUUGUGCCAGACUUCCACCUCAAAACCUGGUUCGCUUGGAUGGACAAUAUCAGGGAUUGGUGUAUUUCUCGGCAGCUCUGGUGGGGCCAUCGUAUUCCAGCAUAUUUUGUGACUAUUGAUGACCCCUCUGUGCCGGCAGGAGAGGAUGUGGAUGGCAAAUACUGGGUGAGCGGUCGGAGCAAAGAGGAAGCCAAAGAAAAGGCAGCCAAAGCCUUCAACAUCAGCCCGGAUAAAAUCUCCCUCCAGCAAGAUGAGGAUGUCCUGGACACCUGGUUCUCCUCCGGCCUGUUCCCUUUCUCCAUCUUUGGGUGGCCCAAUUCAAAUGAAGAUCUUCAGGUCUUUUACCCAGGAACCCUCCUGGAGACCGGACAUGAUAUUCUGUUCUUUUGGGUGGCCCGAAUGGUUAUGUUGGGCCUCACGCUGACAGGAAAGUUACCCUUCAGAGAGGUUUACCUUCACGCGGUCAUUCGGGAUGCCCAUGGCAGGAAGAUGAGCAAAUCACUGGGAAAUGUCAUAGAUCCAUUGGAUGUGAUCACCGGCAUUACUCUGCAGGGUCUACAUGCUCAGUUAUCAGACAGCAAUUUGGACCCAGUUGAGCUGGAGCGAGCCAAAAAGGGACAGAAAUCAGAUUACCCCAACGGGAUCCCAGAAUGCGGGACUGAUGCCCUUCGGUUUGCUCUUUGUGCUUACACAACUCAAGGCCGGGAUAUAAACCUGGAUGUGAAUCGGAUUCUGGGCUACCGCUAUUUCUGCAACAAACUCUGGAAUGCCACCAGAUUUGCCAUCCGUGGUCUUGGGGAGGGCUUCCAACCACCCGCCAGUCCAGAGCUCAGUGGCUCCGAGAGCCUGGUGGACCUCUGGAUCUUGAGUCGCCUGAGCCAUGCCGUGGAGUUGUGCGAUGUGGGAUUUCAGGCCUACGACUUCUCUGGCAUCACCACCGCAGUGUACAAUUUCUGGCUGUAUGAGCUGUGUGACGUCUACCUUGAGUGCCUAAAGCCUGUGUUUGCCGGAUCAGACCAGGCUGCGAUUCAGACGGCCCAGAAUGUUCUUUACACCUGCUUGGAUGCUGGCCUUCGUCUCCUCAGCCCUUUCAUGCCGUUUGUCACCGAGGAACUCUUCCAGCGUCUGCCUCGACGGUCUCCUUCCUCUGACCCUCCCAGCAUCUGUGUCACUCCUUACCCCACUACUGAGCAGUUCCAUUGGAGGAAUGAAGAACUGGACCAAACCUUUGACUUCAUAUUGAACAUCAUCAAGGCUGUGCGUUUUCUCCGGGCAGACUACAACCUUACCAAAACCAAAGCUGACUGUUACCUGCAGUGUUUGGAUCUUCAGACGGCGGAGACCGUGACUCGUUGCUCUGACUAUAUCUGCAUUCUUUCCUCCUCCAAGCAAGUUUUGGUACUAGAACCUGGGCAGGUUCCUCCUUCUGGCUGUGCUGUAGCUAUAGCUUCCGACAAAUGCAUUGUCCAUCUUCUGCUGAAGGGCUUGAUUGAUGCGGAGAAGGAGAUAGCCAAACUGACAGGGAAAAAGGCAGAGCUGCAGAAACAAAUCCUAUUAUUACGCCAGCGUAUGGUGAAUCCAGAGUAUGCUGUGAAAGUACCGGCCAAAGUCCAAGAAUUGGAUGCAGCCAAGCUGAAACAAAGCGAGACAGAACUGCAGAAGGCGGACGAAGCUCUUCAGAGUUUCAAGAAGAUGAUCUGAAACUGAAGGAUACAUGGAGUCGCUCGGAUGGGCUUGUUCUACCUUUGGGAGUUGGGAAAGAAACCUUUCAAAGCAAAACCAGAGGACCCGUUUCUGUUCAGCUGUUCUUAGUUCAUUAUAUUUUCUGUGAAGACAUUAAAACUAUUUUGCUCAGUUA